CACAACCACAUUGAUUUAAACCUUGUAAUGUUAGCAACUUUGAGGACCUUUGUCAAAAUAACAAAGAAUAACUCUGCGAAAUCUUCACAGUUAAGUUUUGUGCGGUUCGCAAUGUUGGCCGCCACAUUGUUUUUUACUUUGUGAUAUUAGCAACUUCAAGAGCUUUUGUCAAAAUAACAAAAUAGAACUCUGCGGAAUCUACACGGCUAAAGUUUGGAGGUUGACAGUGUUCACAACCACAUUGAUUAAUACCUUGUGAUUUUAGCAACUUUGAGAGAGCCUUUGUCAAAAUCACAAAAGAGAACUCUUAACUACAAAUUUUAAGUUGAUUUACAAUGUUUGCAGGUGUUACAAGGGUAAAUAAUCCAAUAAUAGGUUUUUGUUUUAACCUUUUCACCGCCAAAGACGGAAAAUCACGUCAGCGGAAAGUCGUACCACUGACGCCACGACAUUUGCUCCUAUUAGAAAACCAUACAUUUGGUUUAUUGCUUGGCGUCUGGUCUGAGUCACGUCGAAUUACUUCGCUGCUUGGCGUUGAAACGGUUAAGACAUAUUAAAUAUACUAGCUGUUGCCCGCGACUUCGUACGCGUGGAUUUGUAUGUUGGUGGUUAUAUAUUUUAAAUGAGCAUAGAACAUUAUGCAGCAAAAGAUAUCAGUAGGGACGGUAAAUCAUUUGUUAAUAAUUAUACAGCGCAUGAAAUUUGUCUUUCACAAAGUACAAAGUUUCAAGCCCCUAGCUGAAAAAAAUUGUUCGCGAUAUAAACCCUCUCAACACUCAGAUUUUCAAGUCCACUAUUUAAAAAAAAUGUUCGCUCCCACUGCAAACUUUAUUAAUACAAACUUUUCAAACACGGUGCAAUCAGUUUUCGUCUAUUUUAAUAUAAUGCCCUUUUACCAAGUUUCAUGUUCCUAGCUAAAACGAAAACUUGUACUACAUAUAAACUUAUAUACAUCCCCUUUUUAACACCCUUAAGGGUAGAAUUAUUAAGAACGUUGAAAUAACCUUUUUUGUAAUAUUAUACAAUGCCUUUCUGAGAAAUUUCAAUAAGCAUUUGUAAUGAAUUCAAACUUUCAACCCCUUUUUAACUCUUUUAAGGGAUGAAUAUUUAAAAACGCUUAAAUUACUUUUCUUGUAUUCUAAUAAUAUGCCUUCAUACAAAGACUUCUUAGUCCUGUACUCAAAAAAAGGUUUGAUCUCCAUACAAACUAUCAAAUAGGGCUUACAAGUUACAAGGGAAGCUUACAAGUUUCCACACAUUUUUUUUUUUCGUGGUUGGGUAGAUAAUGUGUUUGUGUUCCAAAAAUUGGUAAUUUCUAGAAAAAGGCUUCGUUUUUGGGACAUGGUGUUGUAUAACUUUUUAAUGUGGAAUUUAACAAGCUUUCGUUUCGCUAUACACAGUAUUCACAUUAAACCCAGAUAUUCCGAGAAAAAAAGAAAAACCAAAAAAGACUUAUACUUUUCAAGAUGGCGUUUGAUCCCCGUGGACCCGAAGCUCCAAUUUUAUGACACGCAAACAGGGAUCCCUGAAAUUGUAGGUGUCAAAUUUCAUUACUGUCACUAUUAUUUAAACCCCAUUUAAGACCUAAAAUCUGUUUUUGUAGUCACAUUUUUAAGUUUUACACAUUUUUCCUCCACUUAUUUUAGUAAAUUUGUAUUGCAUAGCACUCGUGUACUAAUUAUGGAUCUACUGAUGUCUAUUUGAUUGAAAUCCACUCAAUAGUUUAGGCGCUAGAAGUAAAAAUAUGAUUUACUAUUCGGCGGCUAUUCAAGGCGGCUGUAUUAAUUUUGUCUGAGUCGUAGCACGGUACGCUUAUCACCAUGCCUGUCACGUUCUAACAAGUAUGUGAGUGCGAAAGUGACGGACUUAGUGAUAGGGGAAACCAUGCUGCGCGGGCUCUAGAUUUAGCGACAGCGUCAGUGACAACGUCAUGCUCGCGGCCCGCCAGCGCCGCGCUCACAACCCGCCCGCACCGAUCUCUCUAGAUAAGCAAUUAUUACCUAAAAUAGUUUUUAAUCUAACUGCUCUUUGAAUCUGUCAAAUGCUCACACAUAAUAAAUUAUAACCUUCUGUACGUACUACGUGCUGCCCGCACAGCAUGGUUUCCCCUAUCACUAAGUCCGUCACUUUCGCACUCACAUACUUGUUAGAACGUGACAGGCAUGGUGAUAAGCGUACCGUGCUAUGACUCCACUCUCCAGGUUUGCAGUUUUUUAUAAGGAACAACGUACUUAAUUAUUAUUAUUUGUACUUAGUACCUACUUACUAAUGCCUUUACCCUAAAAACGGAAUUCUAAGAAAGGUAUUUGAUUGCUCAAGUCGCAAUGUUAGAAUUGCGGAAUUUACAAGGGAAAAAUUUCUCAAGUUAAUAAUUUCACAACUUUUACAUUGCGAAAUAAUAUAAGCAUUGCUAGAAACACAAUGUUAACUUUGUUAAAAUAGUGAUGUUGACUAGUCCUUUGCAAAAUUGACAAAAGAAUCGUUCAUUUCGCUGGCAACAUUCGUACGGUUAGGAUGCGUGACAAAUCGCUAACAACGGAACGUAUUUAUUUAGUGAUUAUUAUUGUCUUUUCAAACAACGAACCGUUCACGUUGUUAAAAAUAUAAGGAAAUAGUUUCUUUAAAGUUAAGACAGUUAUAGGUAAAUAGUAAAUAUAAAGGAUGGACGACUUAAGUGUGUUUCUGUUCAACUGUGAUUUGAUACACCUUUUUGGAUCGCUAAACGAUCAGGGCGCGGAUCUCGAUUUUUUAUUGAACGCAAACGACCAUGAGUUGUCGUUAUUGGUCCCGGCAGCAGUUCAAAAAGGGAAACUGCGUAUGGCGUUAGACCGUGAGAGAGAACGCAGAGGAGUUACAAAAGAUCCGAGGGAUGUAGAUGUACAGCAAGUUAUAGCUCCAAUUAAAAAGCAAGACUCCUUUGUGAUUCCAUCAAGUAGCCAAAAAUCUAGUACAUCCUCUGUUGUUACAACAUCAACUGAAUUAUUGGAAUGGGACAUCAAUUGUGACGAUUUACAGUUUAUAGAUGCAAGCAAACUCAUAGGGGCUAUAACUGGCGGAAAUCUUAAACAAAUUUUAGAGACAUCCAGUAUUGGGAAACCUCUAAUCAAUAAAAAGGUAUUAUCGUCUAGUGACCGAAAGAUACUGACGGCCCUUAUUGUUGAGGCUGAGGUGCGGAAAUUGAAAGAAAACACUGACCCAAUACGAAAAGAAACCUGGGAUACGUGGACAUCAGAAAUUAUAAAGCUUUUCCCAGGUGAAACAAAGGGGGUAUAUUAUAAUCCUUUUCGUCUUGUUGAUGGAAAAGCUAUCCAGGCCAGUGGCCUGAUAGUGAACCGAUUAAUAACAGUACGCAGAAAAUUAAAUGCAGAAAUCCGCAGCCGCAGCAGAAGUCGUAACAGCAGUAAUAGCGACAAGAGCAGCGACAGCAGCGGAGACCAAAACAAGAGAAAAAAAUCUGCUGUCAAAUCUUCUAAUGCACGGGUUAGACCUUUUCCUGACACCUUUCAAACAAUAAGUACCAAUCAAGACUCUGAAAAAGAUACCGUGCAGUGGUUGAAGCACUCUUCUUCACCGAGAGAAUUGGUAGAAACAAAAUGGAACAGUUGUCUACAUGAACGCAUGGCUGCACUGCAAGAAGGCGACCAUGUUAGUUAUUUGAGCAUCUUCCCAGCACUGCAAUGUCCUUGGGGCUAUGAAUUGCUGGCCAGUGACUUUGACAAAAUAUACCCUGAAAUAGAAGGAAAGUUCGACGAAAAUUUCCCGGUAGUGAAAGGUCGCCUGCUAUCAUUACUAGAUGAGAAGGCUCAACAGCUAACACGACCUGACACUUCUAUUCAAACUGUUUUGGAUCUUGCAACUUCGGGGGAGGAACAAGCGAAUGUUGCGACUUUUCUGGCAGUUCCCCUGUUGCUGAAACAAAUGCACACUGUUCCCGUGAAAGGAGUCAGAAAACCCUGGAACCCGUCUAGAUUAGAAGUAAGCAACGCGUUUUUAAGCUUGGUGCCAUCUACAUCGGACCUUCAAAGCCACUUCAGUGAACGGAAGGCCACAUUGCAGGAAAAAAAAUUGCCUGUUCUUCCAUAUUUGGUUGCUGUUGGGGCUUGCUGGCAGGAUGUUACGCAGUAUGAUUUAAUAAUCUCUGAAGACAUCAGGUACACGUUUCCCAGCAUUUGUAAAGCUGUUUCAAAUACUUUUAAGAUUCUAUGGGCAUUAGACUUACCAUAUUCAAAAGAUUGUGCCCCAGUCUGGAUGUUUAUCCAAAGAAGUAUAUAUGUAAUGAAGAGCAAGUUUGACACUGAAGGCACUCCUAUGCUAGAUUUGCUUGCUUCUGUUUCUAACAGGCACGAUGGUGCUGUGUGCAAUAUGUAAAAGGUCUUUUGUCCAAAUGAAGCAAUUUAAAACCCAUUUUACAUUUUAUCAUCCAGGUAAAUGUUAUAUUUGUCCAAACAUGGAUUGUGGGAGAACUUAUCAACUCUACAAUUCAUUUAGGCGUCAUUAUUUGAAAGAACAUUCAGAUUCUUCUAUGUUACAACAGGCUUCAAGUGUACAGGAUUUUGCUAUUGGACAAGAGACCUCUCCCGUGAAUAAUGAUCCAUUACAUAAUGUGUGUAGCGCAACCGAGUUUCAAAUUAAAGAAAAUAAUAGUACUAUACAGAGUGAUAGCAAACACAACACACCGCCGCUAAGCGACAGUUUAGGUCAACUUUUCUCAUCCCUGUAUAGUAAUCCCCAUUUGCCGAACAAUGUGCUAGAUACAGUUUAUAGCGGUAUUCACAACAUGUUCACUAUGUCAAUCAGACCUCUGUUACCAGUAACUUCUAGCUCUGCCGUAGCAAAACUGACAACCGAUCUAGAGAUGUUUAGUUCAACUUAUAAACGACAUCAGUUCUUUGAAAGUAAGGGUACUUUAGUUAAUCCUGAGCCUUAUACUGUAGGGCGACGAUUUGAUUACGUAAAAAAAAAAGGUAAAACUUAUUACCAAGCAGUAGAGUGCAUAGCCCAUAAAAUACCUAUUAGAGAUGUGUUGCACAAAUUUUUUUCGUUGCCUAACAUACUUCAUGAGACCAUCGAUGCUAUGAAAAAACUGAUGGCUCAUGACACGUCAAACAGUAUAGAGCAUUAUAUGCAUGGUUCAUUUUGGAGACAGAAAAAUCAUGGAGAUAAGAUAGUCAUGCCCAUAUUUUUGCAAAUUGACGAUUUCGAGACUUUGAACCCUUUGGGUAGUCAUAGUGGUGUGCACAAACUAGGAGCCGCAUACAUUUCUCUUCCUUGCCUGCCGUACUAUUGUGCCUCUCUGUUAGGUAACAUAUUUUUAGUCUUACUCUAUCAUUCCACUGACAGAGUGGAAUUUGGGAAUCGUAUAAUAUUUCAGCCCCUGAUUGACCAGUUUAAUGAUUUAUUUAAGCAUGGAAUAGUUUUUGAUUUGCCAGAUUUCAAGGGCACAAUUUACUUUGAGUUGUCAUUAAUUUUAGGAGAUAAUUUAGGCUUGCAUAGUGUUUUAGGAUUUGUUGAGAGUUUUUCAAGCAAUUUUCCUUGCAGAACAUGCAAAGUAGAGAAAAAAGUCAUGGCUAAUCAGGUUUAUGAAGAUGAAUCUCUCUUAAGGACCGAGUCAAAUUACCAGGAUGAUUUAAAAACGAAUAAUUCAUCUCUGACAGGCGUCAAAGAAAAAUGUAUAUGGCUCGACAUAGAAAAUUUUAAUUUAUUUUCGCAAAUGGGUUUUGAUGUAAUGCAUGACAUGCACGAAGGCUGUGCCAAAUACGUCAUGUGCUCUUUACUUGUGGUUUUUGUAGACAAAAUGAAAUAUCUUACAAUUGAUAUUGUUAAUAACAAAAUUUCCUCAUUUCAAUACGGUCCCGAUAAAAAAGAUAAGCCCGUCACGCUGGCCAUGUCCAAUUUACGAAAAGGCAAUAUACGUUUAAAUGCUGCCGAAAUGAGCACAUUUUGCAAGUAUUUUGGUGUAAUGUUUGGUGAUUUCAUUCCAAGACAUAAUAAAUAUUGGCAACUGUAUAUUCAAUUAAUGACUGUUUUAGAUUUUAUUAUGUCACCCCGUUUUGUAUCUGAGCAAAUAGACUAUUUUAAGUAUAUGAUCGCUGACUUUUGCGAAAUGUACAUCACACUGUUUAACCAAAGUCUUAAGCCUAAAUUUCACAAUUUACUGCACUAUCAUUCGGCAAUGUUACGUUUUGGUCCCUUGAGAUUUCUGUCUUCAAUGCGCUACGAAGCUAAACAUCGCUUCAACAAGUUAGCUGCAAAAUCAACAAAUAACCGAAUUAACAUGACACUGACAGUAGCUCGAAAGCAUCAGUUGAUGUUAAAUGACAUAUUCUUGAAAGAAACUAUUCGUUCGCCUCUUUCGUUUGGGGGCCAAGCAGAAGUACCAGUUAGUGAAUGUAAACAGAUUUUAGAUCAAAUGCAAUGGUCAGAUAUUACAAAAUUAUAUAAAGUGAGUUGGGCGGCAAAGUGUUCCGAGCGCUACCAAGUAAAUUCUGUAAUAGUUACUGCUAUUAAUGAAGAAAACAUUUAUUUUUCCAAAAUUGAUGACAUAUAUGUUGAUGGAGUGUCUAAGAUUAGUUUCAAGGCUAAGCCUUUACAAACAAUUGGUUUUGAUAAUCAUUACCAUGCUUAUAAUGUACUGGACUCAUUACAAUCAUCACACAUAUACAUUGAUCAAGACACCAUGCAGUAUCCGUUUUUGUGCAACUGUGUAGUCAUUGGGCAUAACAUUAAUCUUCCUGAGUAUCAUAUCGUACUCAGUAAACCGAUUUAAUUAACCCAACUAGAGUAAGAUUUAAUAAUUUGUAGUAAUAGUAAGUAUGAUUACAAUUACUUAUGCAGGUAUAAUGCAUACCCUAACUCAGUUUAGUAAAUUAAGUUCAAAAGGGCCGUGGAACAUUACAGUGUUAACAAUUCCUAUUUUAAACAUAUUUUUGUUCGUAUUUUAUUUUACAGGAAGUAAUCAAAUGUUAUAUUACGGUAAAUAUGUAAUGAUUAUUGAUGGGAAUAGCCCUCAUUAUGAAAACAGUUUUGUUCAUGCAGUGAUAAUAUGCUAAUAACCCAAAAAAAAAUAAAAAAUCUGCGGAUAUAAUUCGUGGUUUGGAAAAUCCCCCCCCCUACACCCUCGAGGACUUUUAGUAUGUUUAUCUGGACACCACAAGGUAUAAAUAACUAUACCAAUUUUCAAAACAACACGAAUUAUUUCUGCUGAUUGAUAUUUUCGGCUUAAUUUGACGUGGCUAUAAGUUUAGUUUCUAUUUAAACGAUAUGUAACUACAGUUGUGGCCCUAAGCGCCACUUGCACCAUCCUACUAACUAAUGAGGGGUUAACCGGUUAACCCCUCAUUAGUUAGUAGGAUGGUGCAAGUGGCGCUAGAUUGUUGUGUUAGGAAACACCUUGCAUGUAAGUAGUGACCUGAUGUAUGAAUAGCGUUGUCACUAUAAUAUUGACAGUAAGGUACAGAACUGCACGGGGUGGGUCACGUUAUACUGUUGUUGGUUAUUACCAGUACUUAGGUUAGGUUAGGUUAGGUUAACAGCAGGUAGAUAUAUCGUCGGGUGAUAAGCAAAAGUCACUAAGUACCACCACAAGUUCAUAGCCAUAGUGAACCGUAAUAUUAUGCGAAUAAGGUUGAUUUUUGUUUAAUUAUUUUUCAGUAGUUAGUGAGUUUUGCUUGUUACCUGACGGUAUGCUAAUUAUUAUUAUUUGUUCACAUUUAGCGGGUUCGAUUCCCGGAUCAGCCAGGCGAUUUUUCUUAAUUAUUUGCAAUUCGUAUUGUUUUGAAAUAAAAAUGAAAGGAAGCUAUUUUUACUUCUACUCGUCAAAUAUAUGGUCAUACUUCUAAUCCAUUCGCAUCCAUUUAACUUUGAAAUAGUAGGUACAGUCAGCUUCAAAUAGCCAGCCAAAGUCGCCAAAUAUGUCGCAACACACCCUUCUUGCCAUGGGAAUAAGGUUGUGUUUCGAUAUAUUUGGCGAGUUGUCACCAAAUAUUUGACGAGUGGAAGUAAAAAUAGCUUCAUUUCUAUAUUUAUUUAAAAACAAUACGAACUACAUUCAAAGAAUU